CUCCUGCUGCGUAAGUGAAUGAUCAGGUCUUCUCGGUCAGUUCGUCCAUCAUGGCUUUCUCCAGACUCAUUAUCCUAUCUGCUUUCUACUCUGCAGCUUAUGCAGGUUUUGAGUAUGACUACAUUAUUGUGGGCGGUGGCACAGCUGGUUGCGUCCUAGCCAACCGUUUGUCAGCGAACCCAUCCAUCUCGGUUGCCCUCAUCGAAGCCGGACCUACAGUCUUCAACGACUCCCGAGUCCUUUCUGUAAGUCCUGGUGGACCUGCAUGGAACACGGAGCUCGAUUGGCAGUAUACAACAACUCCGCAAGUCUAUGCCAACAAUUCGACCCUCCUCUAUCAUGCAGGACGUGAUCUUGGUGGCUCAAGUACUCUCAACGGCAUGGUAUACCUUCGACCCACGGCUGAUGAGGUGGACUCAUGGUCAGCUUUGGGUAAUCCCGGGUUGACCUGGGACAAUCUGCUGCCUUACUUCAAGAAGAGUGAGCACCUACAACUCCCUACCGACCCUGAGGCCCUUCUUGAUACUUCUUAUGAGGCCAGUUUCCAUGGUUUCAACGGCCCAGUCAAAGUAGGCUGGGGCAAUGAUCUUAGUACAACUGGCUAUGGACGUGCAUUGAACUCAAGCUGGCAGUCUCUCGGGUUCUCAUGGAAUCUCGAUCCCAACUCUGGAGACACUGCCGGACUCGGCUUGUUCCCGCUUGAGAAGGACACAGUCGUCAACAUUAGAUCUGAUUCGGCCAGGUCUUACGUUUUACCUGUCAUCAGUCGCCCAAAUCUGCAUGCGUUUACGAACACUACUGCCUUGGACGUUAAUUUGGAUGGUGUUGGAGCGCAUCAUGGUCCUAGAAAAGCCGUGGUGGCCAAAGGCGUCAACGUUAUAUUACCUUCUGGAAAGAAACAGUUUCUUCGCUCCAAGCGCGAAGUCAUCCUUUCGGCUGGCACAUACAGGACCCCCGGCCUCCUCGAGCGAUCGGGGGUUGGCAACCCCUCUGUUCUGCGCAACAUUUCCGUCACAUUAAAGGUCGACCUUCCUGGUGUAGGAGCCCACCUUCAGGACCAGUGGCUAUUGAACGUCAUCGUCAACCCUAACUUCACAUUAGAGUCAUUGACCAUAGGUUGGAACGCAAGACCUCUCACAGCUUCUUUGACUGCCGCCGAUGUAUUCGAGGACGACCUUGACACUGUCGCUGCGCAGCUCUACAAAGACAUCCCCUCCUAUGCACGAAUUUUGUCCGAAGCGAGUGGCGGUGCCAUUUCCGUUCAAGCACAAGAACAAAUACUACGACUAAGAGCAGACACCUUUUUCAAAAAAGGAGUAGCAAUCGGCGCAAUGAUCUUCCAAGUCUUCGGUGGCAACCACUGGGUAACCUUACCCCUCUCUACAGGCACAGUUCAUUCUUCUUCCGACCCUUCGAGACCAAACUUGAAUCCCAACUUCAUGCAACUGCCUUGGGACAUCAUGGUCAUGCAACGCCUCUCUCAGAUCCAACGCAAAAUUUUCGCCUCUCCUGAGGUGCAAGCCGCUCUCGGUCCUUCCGCUACCGUUGAGAUAUUACCAGGCUAUUCGAAUGUUCCUGCCAACGCUUCAUUGGCUCAAUGGACAGCAUUCUACCGAGCAUCGCUGGCGCCGGUCUGGCACGCUGUGGGUUCCGCAGGUAUGCGUAGACGCGACUGGGGCGGUGUGGUGGAUACGAAGUUCAGAGUGUACGGUGUGCAAGGGUUGAGGAUUGCUGAUGCGAGUGUUAUUCCGUUGGAGCUUAAUGGUAAUCCUACUAGUACUAUCUAUGCUCUGGCGGAGAAGGCAGCGGAGGACAUCUUGGCUGAUUGUGAGAUUGGCAAGGGAAAGCCAUGGAGCUGAAUUUGAGAUGAAAUGGAAUAUCAGAGGGCGUUUGUUGGGAUUGCGUGAUACCUGACAUGCGCUUUUUCUUUUUCCGCGGUCCUGCCAAUGUAAACAGACAAAGCCAGACUAUAAUGGUAAAAAUUUGGUUAC